AUGGAUAACUUAAAUGAUGAUGAAUACAAAAUGGAAAAGGCUCUUAAGAGACAACUAGAUUGGGUAUUGCAGUUGCUUGGAUUAGAAAUUGAUACCGUUCAAAUCCCUAAGUCAAACAGGGUUGAAGAAGAAAAAGGAAGAGGUGAGGGAAGUAGACUAAAAACCCCUAGACAAUGCAAUCAUCACAAUGGUGAAAGAAGAACUAGAAGUGGGGGAAUUACUGGUAGCUGGAAUAAUAGAGGUAACAAUGGUAAUAAUGGAAAUUAUGGAAACAAUGGUAAUGAAAACAAUGGAAAUGGAAAUGCCAAUAAUCAAAAUGGUGGUGGAGGCAACGAUGGAAACAAUGGUAAUAAUGGAGGAAAUGGAAACUAUCAAAAUAACAACUAUGGUUGCAAACCACCUAUGACCAUUGAACGCAAGACUCACUAUGAGAUUUUAUCUCAUAAGCCUACCACCUUGCAGCAAGCAUUUAAGACAAUCACUACCAUUGAAAAUAAUAGAAAAGCUGCUGGGAGAAUUGGUAGGAGAGAUGAUCCAAAAUUAUAUAAUCCCAGAGCAACAAAAAAGAAUGAGUUUAGCCAAAUCAUGGACAUGCUGAAAGAUAGGAAGGGUAAGGAAAAUCACAAUGAGAAGCCGCCCCCAUAUAGAAGCAACAAGCCAAUGAAUUACAAUAGGCCAAUAUUGCACGACAUGCCAUAUAACACAAACUGGAAAGAUGGUAAGCCAAUGAAUGUUAAUCUAAGCAAAGAAACUUCUGAACCAUUGAAGAAAGUAAACAAUUUUGUGGAGGAAUAUCCAUGGUGUGAAUUCUGCAAUUUACCCCAUGUUGUAGAACAAUGUAUGAUUGCUCAAGGUUUGGUAGAAGAAAAUGACCAUGAGGAUGAGUAUGAGCCCACGGUGAAUGCACUUUUGUUAGAUCCAUGUUGGGGUUGGGAUGAGGAUUCAUUCGAGGAUGAGGUCAUCAGAUGUGCAAUGGAGGAGAGAGAGCCAAUAGUACAACGUACAACAAGUUUUCACUGA